GAAUUGCCCAAGAUUAUUGUCGUCUUCGCCAUCGUUAUCAGUACAACGCUUUAGCCCGCUCUCUGCCUCUCCAAGCGGCUUUUCUGCACGGCACGGUAUUGCACACUUGUCGCCACAUGUUGUGGCGAACAAAGCCUAUCUAGGAAUCGAAUCAAACGGUCUUUACUACUACUCUCAGAACUCGUAACGAUGGGAUCAAAGGAUUCAGCACAGCAGCAGCAGCAGCAACGGCAACAGCGGAAAAAACUGAAAAAGAAGAAACCAACAAAGAUAAUCGCAGGGAAGGGCUUUGAUGACGGAACGAAGCAAACUAACAACCAAUGGAGCAAGAAACCAGAAAAUAACGCUCGUAAGUCGCCAACUGGUGAUCCGAACAAAGCGCAAAAGGAAUGGAACAAACMAAGCUACGAAAGGACAAAGAAAAUCAAUCAAAACCAAUCAAGCGGAAGCCAUACCAAGCAAACAAACGCAAAGACGACUCAAACCAAAUCUUACCAAAACAAUUCAAGACAGCGCGGGGGAAACUGGGACUUUAUAGCAAGAGUUCAAUCCCGCGACACUGCGGAUACAAUACGCAAAUUUCUGRCUGUUUCGAAUGCAUAUCCAGAGCAGGUGAAAUACGCGCUGGGCACUGCUACUCUGGAAUUGGAUCAGCAGCGUGAAUUUGUGGUUCACAAACAGGAUCCCAGCGACAAGGUCAAUUACAACGCGCUGAGAAAAAUGCUGCAGAAAAACGCCUUGCCAGGAUGGUUGGAAUGGUUCCAGGGACGACGUGGUUGGGUCAUGGCCACAAACAAARCACCGUAUGUGAACUAYCAUCGAGAWAUUCACGAGGCUUACACUACGGCAAUGCGAUCGCUUCUGAAAAAGGCGGAUCCCGAUUUGAAACGAUGCCUGGUUGUUCUGUAUUACAAACCGGAUCCUCUGACSCAGGAAAACGGYGGUUGUCCGCGCAAUGGGGUGCGACAAAACACCCAUACACUCUGGAAGAAGGCAGCUGAAAAGGAAUCGCUCCAGGAUGCGGUGGGGAAGGUCCGUCCCUUCCUAGAAGUCCUGCGAUACUUUUGUACCGAUCCGAAGGACAAGUGGACGACCCUGCCCUGGUUAGUGCCGAGCAUCAACCGAUCGGAUUGCGCGAAGAGACUAGAUCGCAUCUCAGAYAUUGUGUUCCGCCUGAUGCGUACGUCGGAACGWGGUCCCGACGUACCGGUGCACUGGGCAGCCCACCCGCCGCUCAACCACUACCCCCGCUCGACGAUCACUUCCAAAACGAUGGACGAAUUAGUGAUUGGUUURACCAACAUCAUUAGUAAUUUGUUUCUCUGCUAUCCAAUCACGGUGGACAACCUCGAUGGUGUGAAAAAGGUACUUCGAAAAUUCUCGUCGACUUCCUUGCUGGCGKGUGGUUCGGGUGGCGACGGAUCAGCCAUGCGACGGUCGUCCAGYGGAAGGGCAAAGGCUGCCGACAACAUCGAUCCCCUCCUUGAAAACCUGAACGGGCUUUCUAUUUCCAAYGACUGAAUCCGUCUCAACGCUAAACGAUGAAUCGCGCAGUGCUUGUCUUUGAAKGCAAUCCAACGAACGGGGGCCAAUACUGACAAGUACCGUGCCGUACCGCACAAGRGAGGUUGUUUCCUCGUGUUUGUCGGACAAGAUCAAUGUUCGGUACACAAUUCAAGUGUGCUGCGCUGUGUUGCUGAUUAUAAACUUCAGUAAGCCAUCACACUUUAGAGAUAAAAUUGAUCAUUAGCC